ACAGCCAGAGUUGGGCGGCGGCGGGCGCUCUUGGGCGAGUCUUGCUGAGCUCUUGGAGGUGGCGCAAUGGAGGGACUGGAAGAGAAUGGAGGUGUUGUCCAAGUUGGAGAAUUGUUACCUUGCAAGAUUUGUGGAAGAACAUUCUUUCCAGUAGCAUUAAAAAAACAUGGACCCAUUUGCCAGAAAACUGCAACUAAAAAACGGAAGACUUUUGAUUCAAGCAGACAGAGAGCUGAAGGAACUGAUAUUCCAACAGUAAAACCUCUCAAACCAAGGCCAGAACCACCAAAGAAACCAUCUAAUUGGAGAAGGAAACAUGAAGAAUUCAUUGCUACCAUAAGAGCAGCUAAAGGCCUUGAUCAGGCUCUCAAAGAGGGUGGCAAACUUCCUCCUCCUCCUCCACCUUCUUAUGAUCCUGAUUAUAUUCAAUGUCCAUAUUGUCAGAGGAGAUUCAAUGAAAAUGCAGCUGAUAGACAUAUAAAUUUCUGUAAAGAACAGGCAGCACGCAUUAGUAAUAAAGGGAAAUUUUCUACAGAUACCAAAGGAAAACCAGCUUCUCGGACACAGGUGAUAAGUUCAUAUAAGCCACCUGUACUUAAAAAGUCAAAUUCUCCUGGAACUGCAUCAUCAGGAUCUUCACGAUUACCGCAGCCAAGUGGCACUGGCAAAACUGUUGUAGGUGUUCCUUCAGGUAAAGUGUCUUCAAGUAGCAGCUCUUUGGGAAACAAACUUCAGACCUUAUCUCCCUCUCAUAAAGGGAUAGCAGCCCCUCAUGCAGGUAAUAUGGACAAGUUAGGCCCUCCACUUCGAACGGGAAGACUUGUGCAAAGGUUGUAUGACAGUGAUACAAAAUCAGACAGUGCCAUCAAAAGACAUGAGUUAUUACCUAUUUACAAAGCUAAUGUCAAACCUCGAAAUUCCACACCACCUAGUUUGGCAAGAAAUCCUGCCCCAGGUGUGCUUACAAACAAAAGAAAAACAUAUACUGAGAGCUACAUAGCCAGGCCAGAUGGAGACUGUGCAUCUUCUCUUAAUGGUGGAAAUAUUAAAGGCAUUGAAGGAAAUUCACCUGGAAACUUACCAAAAUUCUGCCAUGAGUGUGGGACUAAAUACCCUGUAGAAUGGGCCAAGUUUUGCUGUGAAUGUGGCAUUCGAAGAAUGAUUCUAUGAAUAGAAUCUCAAAAAAAAAAAAAGCCAAGUUCAGAGUUUAUGAUUAUUGCUGCUUGGACAGCUAGAGCACAUCCUCUAGUUAGUUUGUGCAGAAAAUACUCAAAAUACCAUUUCCAGUAAUUUUGGAGCAUUAUCUUUUGACUAUAUAAUGUGUGUGUGUUUAUGUGUGUGCAUAUACUGUAUAUAAUAAAUAUCUGAUACCCCAGACUGUGUCAUUCAAGGAAAUAUUCACUUAUCUGUCAGAAAAUAAUUUCAAAUGGAACAAUUAAUUUAGGUGUUACUUUUCUGUUGUUGUUAAAUCACAUUAAGUACAUUUCCACAAACUCUCAUACUCUAGUGCUUAGCCCUUCAAGCUUUAGGAUAAGUAUAACUUUGAGCAAAAAAUCUGAAUAAACAUUUGUAUUAUUGGUGCCUAUCUUCAGAUAGUAUCAUAGUAGGAUAGAUGCUGGGAAUUUUGUAAUUAGAGAGAAACGGUUUUAAUUACCAUUAGGUAUGCAAGGUCACUCCUGUAGAGCAUGUCAACCAAUUAUUUUAUAAAUCCGAAAAACUAAGAGAAAAAAAACCCUCUAUUAGUUAUGUAAUUUAAACAUCUUACUCGUUUUGUAAAAAUGUAAUUAUGCAAUUUCCUUUUCAAAAACACAAGACUAAAAAUACAAAUCUAUCUUACUCUAUUUAUAACUGAUUUUUUUUACCUCUGUAUGUAUUCGUUGAACAUAUUUUUUUACUUCCAAUUGUGUUUCCAGAUUUCACUUUUUCUUCCUUUUCCAGAACCCAUGAAGAUAGUUUUAAUUUGUUAGUUCAGUUUUUGCUGUUUUUGAAAAUGUAAUUAAUAUAGAAGGCACGGAAUUCCCUGCACAAUCUUACAUGUUUAAAAACAUAAUUUUUUGUAUCUGAAUUUAGAAUAAAUUAUUUGAAUGCAUCUUAAAUCACCUCACCUAAUCAUAAUAGUUGUGGUAACUAAUCAUUAGUGCAGAGCAUGCAGAUACAAACUAUUUGAAUAUUUUUUUCUUGGAAGUACAUGUAGUUAUGAGUAGGUUAAGAGAAUAUCUAAUUUUCCUACUCAUAUUUUCAUCUUUAGCAUUUAAUGUUGAAACACCAUUCACGUCACAAUAAGGACCCACUGAAAAUGUAUUGUUUUAAUGCAUAAUUGACAUCUAAUUAAACAUACACACAAAUGUAAUUAUUUUUUCUCUUUAACCUGAUCACGACACGGCUCUUAAUCAUUGUCACUUUCAGUAUAGCAUAGUAGUUAGUAGUAGAUUGCCUUGAUGGCAGUAAUUCUGUAGUAAUUUCUGUUCGAUGAAACCUAAGAGAGCUUUUUUUUUUUUUUUUUUCCCCUGAGGCAGUCUCGCUCCGUCGCCCAGGCUGGAGUGCAGUGGCGCCAUCUUGGCUCGUUGCAAGCUCCGCCUCCCGGGUUCACGCCAUUCUCCUGCCUCAGCCUCCCUAGUAGCUGGGACUAUAGGCGCCUGCCAGCACGCCCGGCUAAUUUUUUACAGUUUUAGUAGAGACAGAGUUUCACCGUGUUAGCCAGGAUGGUCUCGAUUUUCUGACCUCGUGAUCCGCCCGCCUUGGCCUCCCAAAAUGCUGGGAUUACAGGCGUGAGCCACCGCGCCCGGCUGAUCUUACUGUAAAGGUACAAGCAAAUCUUUUAUAUAAUUCCUAGCUUUUUUGUUUAUGAUUCUGAUCAACUAUGAGACACAAUGUAAAGAAUUGUGGCUUAUAAUUUCUCUAAAAUUUAUUAGUUUAGUUUGGGCAGGAGUUACGAACUUAAUAGGAAUUCUCAUUUUACUUACAGUUUCCUGAUUAGUUAUUUUUUCCCCUCAGUUAUCUUUAUUCAGUCGUAUUGGUCAAAACAAACAGUCCAUCAACUAAAAUAAGCUGUAAUGAAUUUAGAAGACGAAUGCACAUAUCAGAUUUCCAUUUAAAUCACUUCUGUUAUAAAUCAUAUGUAGAACUUUAAACUUGUUUUAUCUAAGACUGAGCACUGUUUUUUUUUUCAAGUAUUUUUUUAAGACCACGUAAUUCUUUUUGUCUGCUCAAGGAAAGGAUAAAUAAUUGGCACACAUUUUUUUCUCACUGAAUUUUACAGUAGUAAAUAAAUGUUAUAAUGUACCACAUGGAGAUGAGUUGGUAAGAAAUCAUCUAGUUCCAGAGUCCAGAGAUUAUAAACAGUAGGUGAAAUAGAUUUAUGACUUAUGAAAUACGUUGUGACAAUAUAUUUAAAUGCAUUUUUAUAUUACUUGCAUAUUCUCACAUUGAUUUGUGCAAUAGUUGUUUUUUAAAAAAAGUCUUUCUAUGCAUCAUGUAUUUUAUUUUUAUUUUCACAAGUAUUUGACAGUAUGGUAGAAUAAAAGAUGAUUGUAAGAUUAAAUUAAAAAUGUAAAAAUUGCUUAUGUAUUAUUCUGAAUUGUGUUAGGUUGAAAAAGUAAGAUGAUUGUGGUGACUAUUAUUUCUUGUCCACUAUAUGUUUGUUUUUUGUUUUUUCGCCAAUAAUGUCUUCAUAUUUGAACCUAUACAAUAAAGACAUGAAGGAUAAAAAUGCUAGUUCGUAUUCACUGAUGUCUUUUAGCCAUACAUAGAAAGAUAGGAAUCUAAUGAAAUAUAAAUAAAAUAUUUGAAGUCAAAAAUACAGAUUUUUACAAAUAAAAAGUAGCUUUUCA